AUGUUAUUCAACAGUUUAUUGUUAGCACUUAACCGAGUAGUGGAAUCAUGUAUUCCACAUAAAAAUUAUCAAGAAUUUAAAGAAGAUUCAGAUAAUAAUUCUAAUAAUGAUGAUUCCGAUACAAUUUAUUUACUUGAUGAAAAAGAAACAAUAUUCGACCAAGAAACCAUUACAAAUAAAGAUAAAAAACAAAAUCACGGAAACAAAAAAAACAUUUAUAAUAAUAAUCGUAAAAACCCUAAACCUAAACGUAGUAACAGUAAUUUAUUUAAAUUAUCAACGAAAUGGGAUUUUUCAACUCCAAGUGUAAAUAGUAGUAUAAUAUCCGUUAGUUCAAUCGUUACUCCACCUAGUCCCAAUGCCGUAUCCGCUCCUUUAUGGAAAGAACAAGUAGAUCCAAAUAUUAAAGCCGAAUUAUCUCAAGAAGAAAUUCAUCGACAAGAAAUUAUUUUUGAAAUAAUUCGAACCGAAUGUGAUUUUGCUAAUGAUAUCCGAUAUCUUAUUGAGCAAUUUAGAUGCAUACAAGCCAUAAUGUAUCCUGUUGUACCUUCGAUAACACAUAUUCUUCGAGAUUUAGCCAAACAAUUCUCAAUUUAUGAAUCAUAUCUGAUACAUUAUAAAGCUGCCAUAUCAGAAAUUGCUUAUUCUAAAAAGAAAAAAAAUAAAUUAGGUCAAUUAGUUAAAUCUUUAGAAUCUAAUGUUCCUCCUUCUGGUAGUUGUAGAUAUUUAACUAUUGAAAGUUUAUUGACUAAGCCAUUUCAGAGAUUAUGCAAAUAUCCUUUAUUGACUCUUUUAAAAGUUACACCAUCUGGACACGAAGAUUUCAAUUCCUUAAGAGAUUUACAUGAUCAAAUUGAUUGUGCUCUCAAUGAAUUGCAAGAACGUAAAUACGAAUACGAAAGAAAAUUUAAAAAUGAUACAAAAAAUAUCCAUACUCACAAUAUAAACGUUCUGGAACUUUAUCAUUCGUGA